AUGGAGUGCCGAUAUGUCACCAUAUGACAAGAGGUACGCUGAUGUGAGGAUUAAUGGUCAAACAUCAGUGUCUGUUACAAUUGCUCUUGAAGAAGAUAUUCAGAAUUUGUGCCUUAUUAGUCUUGUACUUGGAUUGGCACUGCUGUUGGCUCCAAUUAUUAGCAGAUGGGUUCCAUGUUGCCAUAGCAGUUCAAUGGCUAUAGUGAUCUUUCCUGUCAUUAUAAUUCUACUAUUUCAGGUUGCUAUUGUUGUAAUACUGAGCAUCAUCUUGGCUGGAGCUGCUUUAGGUGAUAGAAUUGUUAGGAAAUUUGUUUUCCCGAAACAAGAUGGUACUAAGCAUGCUGGGGUCGCUAAGUUUGUGAUACUGAAAUGGGGAAUGCGCAUCAUAGGAUCCGCCUUCAUUUUUCAGAGCACGACUGAUCCGCCUUUGGCAAAUGGAGCCUUGGUCUCGUUUGCAGCUGCUUAUCUUAUUAUAAAGUGUAUUCACACAUGGUAAGUCUGACUUCUCUUUCUCCAUUUUUUUGAUCGCAUAAAAUGAUUUUUAAUUGGAUCCUGUCCAAAACAGUGUUUGUCUUUCUCUGGUUUUUGGGUGUUCGUCCCUUUUACGUUUUCGUUUAUAA